AUGACUCCACUGGUAAAGCAACAUUCUCUGAAGAAAGAUUUCCCAGCAGAGCUGAAUAGCAUCGCCUCAGGCGCCCAUCACGCUGGCGGUGACCCUGGUCCACAGGUCAACAUCCACUUGGUGCUGUCGCCCCCGGCUGGUGUUGCUGGUCAGUCGCCUUGUCCCCAUGAAGGAGGUUUUAAAAGUGAGAGUCCAGUCAGUAAGAGGCACCUGGGUUUGUCUACAGGCCUCGGGCCCAGACCCAACACCCUUGAGGACCUGGUCCGGGCGCUCGGCAUCAAGAUUGUCGAUUCACCGGGAACAGGAGUGUUUGCUGACCACCCCUGCAGCGACGCGCCCAUCAACGGAGUCACCGCUCUUCUCAACGGAACGAUCUUGAUAUUUAAAGGUCAACAUUUUUGGUCGGUGGAUCCGCUGACUCGCACCAUCAGUCGUCCUCAGAGCAUCACCCGCACACUGGGGGUCCCAGCUCCCAUUGAUACUGUGUUCACUCGCAGUAACUGUGCUGGCACCACCUACAUUAUCAAGGGAGACCUGUACUGGCGUCUGGAUGAGAGUCUUCGUUUGGAACCAGGGUUUCCCAAACCUCUGAGCGCAGAGUUCCCUGGUCAGACCAGGGUGGUAUCAGCGGUUCUGGCCGUCCCUGCCUCCAUAUCCCGACCAGAGACCCUUUACUUCUUUCACCACGGAGACACCAUGCAGAUGUUCACCUACCCAGCGGGCUCCACCCCGACCUGCAGCUUGAACAACACAGCCCCCACACCCUUCAGCGGCCCAGCUGAUCUGCUGCAGAGAGAACUUAACAUUAGGGUUUCCAUGAAGGGGUUCCCUCUCCCGGUGACCUCUGCUCUGUCCAUCCCACGACCUCUGAGGAGCAACACCUACGAACACUACGUCUUCAGCGGACCUUUGUUCUUCAGUGUGGAGGUCUCCAGUGACCUGCCAGUCGUGGUAGAGCCCGACCCUUCAGCUGAGCUCACACCCUUACUCUUCCAACGCCCUCAGAACAACCCGGCCAGCAUUGGCCCAACCCAGCCCCCCAACUCCAUCGCAGCCUGGCUGCAGUGUGCGCAGUAAAACCAGAAAACAAGCUGCUGGACAGCAAACUGCUGCAUGCUUUGUUCACUAACUCAUAUCGGCAUUUACUCACCAACAUCAAUAAACAAACA